AUGCAAGGAAAGACUUCUGGACUCCGGCAAUGGAAAGAGAAGUUGGUCGGAGUGGUCUGUCUUACAAAGGAUUUCGUUAGAAAAUCUUUCUUCAUACAAGUUAUUAACAUGGAUUUUAAUUCUAAGGAAUGGGAGCAGGAGCUGUACAUGGAGAUGAAAUACUUGACUCCUGAACCCUGGUUUCAUAUGUUCGAAGCUGAGAGCAGUCAGGCAGCUUUUAGCUUCGUAGACGAAUCUGAAGCGGCUCAUUUCAGAAACAAAGUUCUAGGCUGUUUAGAAAAGUUGAGUAAGGCAAUUCCUAAUAAAUCUAGAAUUAGAGUGACAGAACAACAGAUUAAGGCUGAGGAAAACAAAGGGGAGAAACCGAGUUCGUUAAACCAGAAAAAGAAAAACAAAAAAGAAAACAAAAAUAGGAAAUUUAGCAAACUAGAAAUUUCAGGUCCUAACCUGGAUAGUUUUGUGCAUGUGAGUGGAAUGAAACCGGGUGAAUCAGGACGAAUGGAGAUGGUAGAUAACUCUCAUGAGCUUGAUCCUAGACUAAGGACUUUUCUGAUGAAGAGAUUAAACAUUGAUAUCUCGAGUUUAACUCCUCAGGAGAUCAACCAGGCUAAGAAGGUUGCGGAAGAGGAGAACCUGUAUGAGAAAAUUGAAAAGGGUCGGAGCUUAAAUCGAUCCCUCAAGGCUCCAUUCAAACCCGUCCCUGCACGAACACCCUCUCCAAACCCGUCUGUGCCUAAAGUGAAACCUCCUCCUAUCCCUAGACGUGAACCUCCUCCUAUCCCUAGACAUGAACCUCCUCCCUCUCCUAGACCUGCUCUACCAAACCUUCCUCCACCCAGAGUUAAACCUUCAGUCACCUCUCACAAACCAAAUUUUACUCCGAGACUUCUAGAAACAAUUGACAAGGUUCAACUAAACAAACCUAAACCUCCAACAAGCGGAGCCGGAAUUCCUGCUCCACCCCCUCCUCCUCCUCCUGCUCCAGGUCCCCUGGUUACACCGUCAGCUCCAUCACCUUCUUCUCCAGGUGCUCCUAAACCCUUAUCAAAUCUUUUUGCACCGAACACUCCUAUAACUCCUGUUCAACCAAAGAGGGACCUUCUCAGUGAUAUUAGGGAUUGGAAGAGUAAAGUUCAGUUGAAUAAAGUUGAGCAUACGCAGGAAAGAUCCAGUGCAUCAGAACAGGGAGGACUGGCAAGUGUGAUGAGAGAGGCAAUUAAUGGAUUCAGACCAGAUGUAGGAUAUUCUAGUUCAGAGGAUGAGGAGGAGGAGGAUGAGUGGGAUGAAGACUAGGAGGAGGAAGAGGAGAAGUGGGAUGAAGACUAGGAUAUUCUAGUUCAGAGGAUGAGGAUGAGGAUGAGGAGGAGGAGGAGGAGGAUGAGUAGAAGUGGGAUGAAGACUAGGGAGGAGGAUGAGGAUGAGGAUGAGUGAGGAUGAGGAAAAAAUUGGGUUAUAUGUCAUUUUUUCCGUGCGUCUGUGCGCCUUCCAAAAUUAAAUAAAACAAGUUCAAUUUCAGUCACAUCUUUCAUCUUUGUUAAAAAGUUUUAUUUCAAUUGAAAAAUAUCAUUUUAUUUAGCAAAAACGUGCGUUCUUGCGCCGCGCAAGAACGCAUGAAAAUGACACUU